UAUUAAAAAGGUUAAUCCAAAUGAUCAAGGAAUAGUUUUUUGGUUUCAAGAUAAACUUAUUGAAGAAUAUAAAAAUUAUUAUAAUAACUGUAAAUUCGAAGAUUAUGAUUAUGUGAUUCUUGAUCGUUCACAUAUUGAUACAAAUUAUUUUACAUUUGCUGGUAUUACAGAUAAUAAUUAUAAAAAAAAAUGUUUACCUUAUUUGGAAAAAAAAUUGAAAGAAAUUAAUUUAAAAUAUAAUCAACAAAUUAUUAAUAUUUUUGUCAGAAAAAAAACUUCUAUAAAAAGAAUUUUAGAACGUGGUCGUGAAUUUGAAAAAGAUAUUGAUUAUUUUAAUUUUAUUUAUGAUUCUUACAAUAAAUAUACUGAUAUAGUUUAUCCUAUUCAUUUUUCUUUUGAUAAUGAUAAAGAUUUAAGUGAUGAUAUUUUAAAGUCACAUUGGAUUGAAUAUAUUAAAACUAGAAUUGAUUUAAAUUGA